AUGAUUAAUGCGUUACACUACACGAUGAUGACCAAGAAUGUCCUCGACCCGGUUCCAAGAGAGAACAACUCCUACAUCUUGCAUUUGUUAGAGGGUUACUGGGAUCUCCAGGAACGGCUGAAGAAGACAGAGCAGGAGCUCGCAGAGGAGAAGGAGACAAAGUUGAAGAGCCUUGAAGAGUUCACCAAGAUGUCUGAGGAAUGGGAGUCGAAAGAAGCCGACUUCCGCGCUGAGAUCAAACGUAUGGAACUAGUUCUUGUCGAUGUAGCUCCUGCAGGUGUUGGUGCAGUGGUUCUGGCGAGGUCUUGCAGUCUCGUCGACAGAAGCGCAAAAUCCUCGAGACUCUUCAAGGCCAGGGUCGAGAAGGCUAAAGAAAGUCCCCAGAAAGAUAACCCGCGAAUCUCUAUGGGCUCUGGAAGUCCCCUCCUGAACCAUCGAACCUUCUUGUCCAUGAAACCCAACUUGGAUGACAAUGCCGAUGUUGAACUGAGCAAGGGUCUGAGAAAGGCUGAACGACGACAACAGCGGGCCUCGAGGCGCAGAAAGAAGGAGGCCCCCUUUCCGCCGUUCAACAUAGCAUGGGAUAGCUCAUCGGAGGAAGAAGCAAAUAAGCCAACAUCGACUCAGAAGACAGCCAGGUUAACUGGCUUGGAGUCCGUGAAGCCUCAACCAUUACGACGAGCGGCACCAUCCGCGCAGAUCGCCACCCCAGAAUCGUCCGCGGAGGAAACCGCCGUUCCUGAAACCUGCGAGUAUGCCGAUACACAUUACCGGCCUGACGACGCACCCCAUACCGGCGUAGAGUCGGCUGAAAACGGAUCGGCCGCAACGGGCAUGCCGAAGCAUGAGCGGCCGACGGGUACCGACCCGGAUGUCAUGACGGCCACUACUGGCCGAAGAACCUUAGGGACCAGCCGCCAUAGGAGAGACUUCUCCUUCGACGCCGGAGAAGAUAGCGUUCAGCUGCAGGCCCUGUCUGGAAAAACUGGUAUUUCUCACGGAAACGAUGUUUCCGUGGGCGGGCCAGCGGUUGCCCCUCUUCAGCGCCCCCUUUCGUCAGAUGAAGUAGCUUCGAUGGCAUCAGUCACUGCAGGGCCUUCCAGCCAGCAGUACCAGAUACUUCACAGUCAAACACAGGAGUCGCCGGACAAAGACGAAGGCAAUACACUCAAAACAUGCCCUGGAGUUGAGCAAAUGGGCGCAGAAGGCGGCAGACGGGCCACGAGACCUAGUCUUACGGAUAGACGGCGAAGCUCGCGCUUACACAAAUCGUCGUGCGAGUCCUUAGGCAACGACCAGAAAGCCUUCAGCGAUGAAGCCUGA